CAUGCUGAGGUCCCGGCAGCUCUUCCAGCAGCGGCAGCGGCUCCAACAGCGGCGGCGUCGGCGGUGGCGACAGCGCUCGGCUCCGGCGGGGAAGGCGCCCGGCGCCCAUGCUGCCGGCCCCGCGCCGUGGCUGCCCUGACCCAGCCGCGACCUCCCCGCGCGCGCCCGGCCACCCCGAUUCCUGGGGUGUUCCCCAACUACGGCCCAGCCCCGCCACACACCCCGCCCCCGGCCUCCGCAGCUAGGCAUGGGCGCGGGGGCGCUCGCCCUGGGCGCCUCCGAGCCCUGCAACCUGUCGGCCACCGCGUCGCUCCCCGACGGCGCGGCCACUGCGGCGCGACUGCUGGUGCCCGCCUCGCCGCCCGCCUCCCUGCUGCCCCCGGCCAGCGAGGGCUCCGAGCCGCUGUCGCCGCAGUGGACGGCCGGCAUGGGCCUGCUGAUGACCCUCAUUGUGCUGCUUAUCGUGGCGGGCAACGUGCUGGUGAUCGUAGCCAUCGCCAAGACGCCGCGACUGCAGACGCUCACCAACCUCUUCAUCAUGUCCCUGGCCAGCGCUGACCUGGUCAUGGGGCUCCUCGUGGUGCCGUUCGGGGCCACGAUAGUGGUGUGGGGCCGCUGGGAGUACGGCUCCUUCUUCUGCGAGCUCUGGACCUCGGUGGAUGUGCUGUGUGUGACGGCCAGCAUCGAGACCCUCUGUGUCAUCGCCCUGGACCGCUACCUCGCCAUCACCUCGCCCUUCCGCUACCAGAGCCUGCUGACGCGCUCUCGGGCGCGGGUCCUCGUGUGCACCGUGUGGGCCAUCUCGGCCCUGGUGUCCUUCCUGCCCAUCCUUAUGCACUGGUGGCGGGCUGAGGGCGACGAGGCACGCCGCUGCUACAACGACCCCAAGUGCUGCGACUUCGUCACAAACCGGGCCUAUGCCAUCGCCUCGUCCGUCGUAUCCUUCUACGUGCCCCUGUGCAUCAUGGCCUUCGUGUACCUGCGGGUGUUCCGCGAGGCCCAGAAGCAGGUGAAGAAGAUCGACAGCUGCGAGCGCCGCUUCCUCGGCGGCCCGGGGCGCCCGCCCUCGCCCUCGCCCUCUCCCGCGCCCGCGCCUGGGUCUCCGCGCCCCGCCGCCGACCCGCUGGCCAACGGGCGCCCCAGCAAGCGGCGACCCUCGCGCCUCGUGGCCCUGCGCGAGCAGAAGGCGCUGAAGACCCUGGGCAUCAUCAUGGGCGUGUUCACGCUCUGCUGGCUGCCCUUCUUCCUGGCCAAUGUGGUCAAGGCCUUCCACCGCGACCUGGUGCCCGACCGCCUCUUCGUCUUCUUCAACUGGCUGGGCUACGCCAACUCGGCCUUCAACCCCAUCAUCUACUGCCGCAGCCCCGACUUCCGCAAGGCCUUCCAGCGCCUGCUCUGCUGCGCGCGCCGGGCAGCCCGCAGGCGCCACACGGCCCACGGCGACCGCCCGCGCGCCCCGGGCUGCCUGGCUCGGGCUGGGCCGCCGCCGUCGCCCGGGGCAGCCUCGGACGAGGACGAGGACGUCGGGGCCGCGCCGCCCGCGCGCCUGCUGGAGCCCUGGGCCGGCUGCAACGGCGGGGCGGCGGCGGACAGCGACUCGAGCCUGGACGAGCCGGGCCGCGUGGGCUUCGCCUCGGAGUCCAAGGUGUAGGCGACCCUGCUGUCCCCACCGCCUGGACGCGGACCCUGCGCCCCGCCGGACGACCUUGCACGGCCUCCCAGGGGAAAGAGGGAAGCUCUGUUUACUCAAGACCGAAAGCAGGUGAACUCGAAGCCCACAACCUCGUCUGAAUCAUCCGAGACAAACAGAAAAGCCACGGACCAUUGCACGCAAAGGAAAGUUUGAGGAGGGGUUGGGAGAGUGGCUUGCUGAUCUUUCUUCGGUUCUUUUCUGUUUGUGGCUGGGCGCCUAGCUUUGUGUGUGCCUGUGCUGCAUCUUUCGAUCCCCUCGCCCCUCCCCCCAGGUGGGUACUUUCUGAGAGUAUCCCAGUGGAGACUGGGUGGUAGGGAAAGGGAGCUAAUUCCAUCAGUUUGGCUUCCAUCUCAUUCCGGAGAACAGGAGCCGUCAAACGGGGGUGGGCAACUUACCAGGACGUGUUUCUUUACGCUUUCUUGACAAAUUGCAUUUUAAUCCCUGAGUAAUGGUUUCUCCUGUUCUUGAAGCAAAGGGAAAGGAUGGAUGCAAAAUAAUCUAGUUUCGAGAACUUUUAAGCUCUUCUUAGAACAAGCUUCACCUUGCUUUCCUUCUGCAGGGCUAACCCUGCCCCUGUGCGCCUCGGUGGUCCUGCUGAGGGUUUUCUACCUCACCCUGUGCACAUUGCACAGAAAGAUAGAAAGACUUGUUUAUAUUAAACAGCUUAUUUAUCAAUAUUAGUCGGAAGGACCAGGCGCUGAGCCUCUCUCUGUGACAUGUGACUCUGUCAAUUGAAGACAGGACAGGAAAAAAAAAAAGGCAACAGUUCAGAUAACUGCACACCUGCGUCAAAACAAACAAGACACAUUAAACAGGAGUGGUUCCAAAUGCCAUUUUUGCACAGUGUUAGGAAUUGUGAAGUUCACGGAUGUUACUUGCACAAAAAGAAAUGAAAUAUUUUUAAAGGGGUGGGAAGGGGGCAGAUCUUAAAAGCUAAAAUAAAAUUCAAACUCAGCUUCUGUUGUCUAUUACGUUAUUGAGCUAAUAAUGGUUUACUGGGAAAAUAUCUUUUUAUACUCUUUUAUCAUGGUACUGUAACUAUCCAUAUUAUAAAUAUAAUUAUCGUAUGGAUUUUUUUUAUUAUUUUUUUAUGUCCAAGUGCCCAUGUGAAUCUGCUGGUAAAGUUUUAGCACUUGUGUGUAAAUUCUAUUUCCUCUUGUAUGUUUCACGAAGUAUUUUUACUCUGGUGCCACUAACUACUGUGUGAGGAAUUGGUCCAUGUGCAAUAAAUACCAAUGAAGCACAAUCAAGAUUUACGUACCCUUGUGUCUGUAGAGUCAGUGACAAUGAAAGAGAUCAUUUGCCUUUUCAUUAGACUGUAUUUCUCACAGACCCCUCUCAAUAGCUUUGCAUGACUCCAUACCACAGCAAAAUGCCUCUAGACCAAAUAUGAUGCUCACCUACCGGGAGCUGCAGAUUUGCCUUCAAUUUUCACAGCCGGAUGCAAGGUAUUCCAGACUACUCGCAGGUGCUUUUCGGGAUCCCAUGUGCUGCACUUGACUUACGAAGUGACUGUUGGAGUUGUGUCUACUGGGGGGAAGUGAUGGAACCAGGUAACUCUGCUGCAAGUUUGCUCGGAAGAACAGGAAAGGAGACUGUCCCUGAACAGCCGGUUUGCAAAGUGUGAACUAUUCAGGAAGAGCGUCCUUUUCAGUCUACGCAGGCUCACCAACAGCGUCUCCCCAGAGCACAGAAGGCGGGCAUAAGCUGCAGGGUCUCACUGGAAAGACCGACUUCCACUUGCUGGAGAAGUUAAGCGGGCACGGUCUCCCUCCACAGGUGGGCAGGAAAAUGCGCCAGCAGCUUCGUGCCCUUCUCCCCGUAUGAUGGAAUCCACCCGGAGUCUCACGUCACUCAGUCUCUAGACUGCGUCUGCAGCUCACCCUGCUGUCCCCAGGUACAUCCCAGGGCUGGGUAGGCCUGCAAAAACCUGGGUGCCUGGCUUCUCACCCCACACGCCGUGUUCAUGCCAACUCUGCAGACGGGCUCCAGCUGGCCUCGGCCCGGAGCGGGCUGGGAGGGACCGAGCGCUCCUCCUUACAGCAAGCGGCCAAAAGAUGCCGAGAUUUUUCCCCUCUCUUUGUUACCAAGAGACCACUUCUCUCCUGAGAGUAGGAAAACACUCUCACUCAUAAUAAUUAAUGCAUUUGGCUUACUACUUUGUUGCUAAUCACUGUCCAAAAUAUACCUUAAAUAUUCCAGGACACAGAAUCUGAUAUGACCUGGAAAACAGCUUGCUGGGUCAAAGAAGCCAGAACCCACAUUGCAUUGUUCCAUUUAUAAGAAAAACAACCGCCUACUUCUAGAUAACUGAGGUACAUUCUUUGAAGUGUGUCCUCAGGCAAUUUCAUGGUUAUGAGAACAUCCCGGAGGAUAAUGACCCAAAGUAAGAUGGCUACCAUGUCACUAGGUGAUGUGGUCUUGUGAGCCCACUGGUCGUAUGUGUGACCACAGCAUCGUGUCACAGUCAGAACACGCAGAGUCUCAAAGACGGGAUGUGUGCUAGUAGUUUCCAGAGACUAGUCGGGGGGAUAGAGAGUUGUUGCUUAGUGGGGACCGGGAUUCCUUUUGGGGUGAUGGAAAUGUGUGGGACUAGAUUUUAAUGACACUCACCCGACCUUGUAACGUUCUCAUUGUCACCAAAUCAUGUACUUAGAGUGGUUUAAGUGGUGCGUUUAACCCUGUGCCUUUAUACAAUAAAAACUGAUCUUACAGGGUCCUUUUCUGCUAUACUUGCAAUUUAUUUAGCUAGAGUCAUAAGACAGAAGAAAGUAGAGGGAGGAAAAAAAUCCUGCGGCUUAAGUAAUGGCUACAUUUGCUGUUAUCAGUGAAAACCAGCAAGGCAAAAUGCUCCUCUUCCUCAGGCCUGUGGGUUCCCCGCUGUGACCAGCCAGGAACUUAAGGCUUCAGCAGUAAUGUGUCCUGGGAGCAGACAUCUAGAUUUAAUGCCUCCGCUUCUGCCAAGUUUAUUGGCAUACAGUGUCGACAAGUGCAAUGUGACUUAGUCUGCCACAGUCUCAGCCUCCACAUUAAGAGACUGAGAAUGCCCAGUGCUGCCCUCCCCGCCAUCGAAUCCCCUGUCUGUGGACCCACCAGAGCCAAGCGGCUUGGCCAGGGAACGCAGUCCUGAGAAAGUCCCCACAGUGUCUCCGAAGGGGGACGUGGGGAUGGCUCCGCGCUUUCGGGUGUGGGCGCAGUGAGUCCAGCAGGCUUCUCGAGGCAGGAUGGCUGAGAUGGGCAGCAUCUGCGACUGGUCGCGGAGAAGCGGCCCGCAGAGCAGCGCAAGGGUCUUGCAGCAAGUCGUGGUGAACACAGUGCUGCCUGAAUAGCCAGCGGUUUGCCUGGUGUCCCAGCUCAGUCACUCAGCAGGAAAUUCCUGCAGCAGAUUGCGCAGGCUAUUUAUUGGUGUGCAGUCUUACCCCUCCAAAGGUAAGGUCUCCUAGAAUAAACAGAAA